CGCGCGCAGUCAUCGCCAUUUUGAAUUACAGCCGCACUUCGCUGGCUGAUGACUGAAAGGAGGCAAGAUUUCGUCGUUUCUGAAAUAUUUCUGCGCAUUCAAAGCUAUAUUUACUGGAUACAUAUUGUGAGAGAUUUACAUCGCUCUAAGUAUGGCUCACCGAAAUCUAAAGCAGGUCAACAUUCAAAACAACGCACCGUCGCCGAAACCUCAGCAGCAGCAGCAGUACCACCAGCAGCAGCACACAAAGCGCAACAUGGACUCUCCAGGCAUGGAGCGAAGGCCGAAUGUUGCGGAUGGGAAAACCCCACCACCAAAGCCGCCGACGGCUGCCAGUCCUGCGGCAGAGGGGGAGGGUGGAGCCGGAGAGUCGCAGGAGAUGACGCUGGAUAUAAAGAGUUUCAGGAGACCCGGGGAGAAAACCUUCACGCAGCGUUGUAGGUUGUUCAUCGGUAACCUCCCGACAGACCUCACGGAGGAUGAUUUCAAAAAGCUGUUUUCCAAGUAUGGCGAGGCUAACGAGGUGUUUAUCAACCGAGACCGAGGAUUCGGCUUCAUUCGACUGGAAACCAGGACGCUGGCGGAGAUUGCCAAGGCAGAGUUGGAUGGCAUAGUGCUGGGGAACCGACCUAUCCGGAUCCGCUUCGCCACGCACGGCUCUGCCCUCACGGUGCGGAACCUUUCCCCCGUGGUCUCCAACGAGCUCCUUGAGGAGGCCUUCUCCGAGUUCGGCCCCGUGGAAAGGGCUAUCGUUGUCGUGGACGACCGCGGAAGGCCCACUGGGAAGGGCUUCGUGGAGUUUGCCAACAAACCUUGUGCUCGUAAAGCCCUGGAUCGCUGUGCUGACGGGGCGCUGCUGCUCACCACGUCUCCUCGGCCUGCCAUUGUGGAACCCACCGAGCAGCUGGAUGAAGAGGAUGGACUCCCAGAGAAGUUGCUGGUGAAAUCUGUACACUACCACAAGGAGAGGGAGCACCCCCCGCGGUUUGCCCAGCCGGGAACAUUUGAGUUUGAGUACUCGUCCCGCUGGAAGGCCCUGGACGAGAUGGAAAAGCAGCAGAGAGACCAGGUUGAGCGCAACAUCCGAGAGGCAAAGGAGAAGCUGGAGCAAGAGAUGGAGGCCGCCAAGCACGAGCAUCAGCUCAUGAUGAUGAGACAAGACCUGAUGAGGCGUCAAGAGGAGCUGAGACGUCUGGAGGAGCUUCGCAACCAGGAGCUGCAGAAACGCAAGAAUAUAGAGAUGAGACAUGAGGAGAGGCGUAGGCAGGAGGAGGAGAUGAUGCAGCGGCAUCGAGAGCAGGAAGAGAUGAGACGCCAACCGGACGGCUUCAAGCCAAACUAUGCGGACACCAGAGAACAGGAAAUGAGAAUGGGUGAACUGGGCCCUCGUGGAGCCAUUAAUAUGGGAGAUGGGUUUAACCCCGCCUCUGUUGCCGGGGCCAGUGUAAACCAGGGACCCCCUCAAAUGAUUGGCAUAGGCAUGAGCGGAAGAACCGGAGCCAUGGGCCCCGAGGGAACUCCAAACAUGGGCGCGCCAAACAUGAUGCCAGACAAUGGAGCCAUGCAGCGCAACGAUAGGUUCCCCCAGGGGGCUCCUAAUCAGAUUGGUUCGUCCCCAAUGAGUGGCCGUCCAGGUGUCGAGUCCCCUCAGCAGCAACAGGCAGUGGGAGCAGGGCUUAUGGGGGCAGGGCCUGGACCUGCAGUGGGGGGGCCAGCAGGCUUCGGGAGGGGAAUCCCUGUUGUGGGAAACUAUGAAGGGCCUAACAACAAACGUCGCAGAUACUGAUUGUGUUAUUAUGUUUACAUUUUUUCAACGGUGUACCCCAAGGCUCAAUAUUUGGAUCUCUUGCUUUUCCUUUCUCAUUAUGUAAAAUAACUGAUUUAUUUUCUCAUCAAAUGUUUGUUUCUGUUCUUUUAAUUUGGGCUGAUUAUUUCCCUCAGCUUCUUCAUGUGUACCAAAUGUUGACUGAGGGGAAAAAAAUACUUGUUUUAUAUCAAAAGCCAGGCCCAAUAGUCAUGCAAAAACACAAAUCUUCAAUGUUGGCCUCCAAAGGCCAAUGUCAACUGCGAUGUAUAUUGAUGUAGUCAGGUCUGUAGGUAAGGUUUAGGCCAAUAUUAACUGUGAUGUAUCUUGAUGUAGGCAGGUCUGUAGAUGGCUUAUAAACUUCUGUAUGAUGUUGUUUCUUGAUUUUUGCUAUCAAUAUCCUAUCCUCCUGUUAUUGUUGUUUUCAGUAGAUCCUAGUAACAAGUGAAGGCCUGCAUUGCCUCUGCAAUGGUUAGCUUACUUUGAUUUCCUCCCGUCCAUGGAAUGUCUUUCCAGUACAUUGCAUCCUGUAGUAGUAGUUUGGCUAACUGCAAUAAAACUGUGAAAUGCCAUUUUGUGAAAACUAAGUUGAUUGAAGUAAAAAAAAAAAAAAAAAACUAAUUUGUAGCCUCUCUCUCUCUUGCCUUUUUAGAUAUUUUGAGAUUUCUCACCUCCAUCCUUGUUUCAAGUAUUAUGAACUCAAACUAAUCUCUUAAUUUUUCAGAGUAGAGCCAAAAUGAUGUCUGUGUAAAACAUGCACAGCCUUAUGUUGUCACCCAGAGUCACAUUUGUUUAUUUGAAAGCUAUUGGACACAAUAUUUUGCCAAGGAACAUCUAUCGUAGUAUCGCGAUACUGGUAUCGAGACAUCACUAUUGGGUGUAAUUGAUCCUCAACCAGGCAAAAUACCUAUAUCGGAUAUUCUGAUCAAUACACUAGAGUUUAAUUUGAACCAAUAAGCUACUCUACAUUUUGUUAGUCAUUUCUCAUUCUUUUUCCGUAUAUUUAAAGUUUCUUGCAUUUUAAUUAACUUAAAAUUAUAGACAAACUUUUGUAAUAUUGUCAUGUGUUAUGUUAUUUUAUCAUGACAUUUGAAUAUCCCGUACUCGUGCACUUACCUCUGUACUCGAGCGAGAGAAUGUGUUGCCGUGUGUGUAGAAACAUAGUAAAAUCAUGUGCUUGUCUUGAGUGUUGUGUGGAAGCAUGUGUGAUGAAAGUGUUUGAUCUUCAAUGUGUAACAUUUGCAUUAUAUUCCAGGUAAGUAUAUUCAAGUGGAGCUGUGACUACACUACAUGACAGUAUGUGGACACCUUCUCAUCGAACAUCUCAUUCCAAAAUCAUGGGCAUUAAUAUGGAGUUGGUCCCCCCUUUACUGCUAUAACAGCUUCUGGGAAGGCUUUCCACUAGAUGUUGGAACAUUGCUGUGGGGAUUUGCAUCCAUUCAGCCACGAGCAUUAGUGAGGUCGGCACUGAUAUUGGGAGAUUAGGCCUGGCUCGCAGUCGGCGUUCCAAUUCAUCCCAAAGGUGUUCGAUGGUGUUGAUGUCAGGGCUCUGUGCCGGCCAGUCAAGUUCUUCACACCGAUCUCCACAAACCAUUUAUGUAUGAACCUCACUUCAUGCACAGGGGCAUUGUCAUGCUGAAACAGGAAAGGGCCUUCCCCAAAUGUAUGUAUUUUUGAUUGAAUAUCCAAAACAUACAAUAUACGUGCAGUGAAGCCGCUCAACAACUACACCACACCAGACUCCCCUUCAGAGCGAAACACAGAAGCAUCCAGGGUCAACGCCCUGCUAAAGGGCAUGUCAACAGAUCUCCCAUGAGGCCAAAAAAGGAUCCAAACCCGCCUCGCCCGAACCAUGAAAAACAGUCUGACCAUUGUUCCUCGUCCACCAAACUAUACAGUUGGCACUAUGCAUUGGGGCGGGUAGUGGUCUCCUGGCAUACACCAAACCCAGAUUCGUCCGUCGGACUGCCAGAUGGUGAAGCGUGAUUCAUCAUUCCAGAGAAUGCGUUUCCACUGCUCCAGAGUCCAAUGGCGGCGAGCUUUACACUGCUUAAGCCAAUGCUUGGCAUUGCACAUGGUGAUCUUAGGCUUUUGUGUGGCUGCUCGUCCAUGGAAACACAUUUCAUGAAGCUCCUGACGAACAGUUUGGAACUCGGUAGUGAGUGUUGAAACCGAUGACAGGCAAUUUCUACAUGCUUCAGCACUCUGCGGUCUUGUUCUGGGAGCUUGUGUGGCCUACCACUUUGUUGCUCCUAGACGUUUCCAAUUCACAGUUACAGUUGACCGGCGAAGCUCUACUGGAGCAGCUCUGGCAGGGCAGAAAUUUGACAAACAAACUUGUUGGAAAGGUGGCAUCCUAUGACAGUGCCACGUUGAAAGUCACUGAGCUCUUCAGUUAGGCCAUUCUACUACCAAUGUCUGUCUAUGGAGAUUGCAUGGGUGUGUGUGUUCGAUUUUUAUACACCUGUCAGAAAUGGGUGUGGUUGUAAUAGCCAAAUCCGCUAAUUUGAAGUGGUGUCCACAUACUUUUGUGUGUGUAAAUAUGUAUGUGUGUCUAGCUUGAACACAUACACCCACUAUAGAUGAGUGAAUUGAACCGGUGAAGGAAUUAGUUUAGUGUCCAUCCCUCAUUAAGUAUUUUGAAUAUAGUAUAUAUGUUUAAUUUGUGUUAGCUGGCCAGUUUUUUUAAAUUCAAAAGAAACUCAUAUCUUGCAACAUCUUAAGACAUUAAAUGUAGAUUUUUGGACUAGGUCUAUUCUGUGGUGCUGCAGUGUUUAGAAUGUUGCUGAUAGAAAUGUAAUGUGUAGAGCUGACACUGUUCCCUAAUUACACAUUACAGAGCAUGUCUGUUCUAAACAAUGCUUUUCUAUUUAACUCUUUUGACUUUGACAAUAUAACGUAGCAUACAGAACUAUACUGUGUGUGUAUUUGUAUGAUUGAGCAAGUGGGGAGGAUGUGUCGAGUGAUAAGGACGUGCACUUACACAUGUUUGCGAGGGAGUGGGGGAAGAUUUAGUGGCAUGUCCUUCAAGAUGAUUUGGGAUUUUAGUAGUCUUCUGUCAGGCUGACUGCAGGAAUGUCCACCAGAACUGUUGCCAGAGAAAUUAAUGUUAAUUUCUCUACCAUAAGCCGACUCCAUGUUUAGAGAAUUUGGUAGUACGUCCAACCGGCCUCAACAGCAGACCAAGUGUGACCACGCCAGCCCAGGAUCUCCACAUCCGGCUUCUUCACCUGCAGGAUCGUCUGAGACCAGCCAGCCGGAUAGCUGAUAAAAGUGUGGGUUUGCACAACCGAAGAAUUUCUACACAAACUGUCUGCAUGCUCGUCAUCUUCACCAGGGUUUUGACCUGACUGCAGUUCAGCCUCGUAUCAAAUCAAAGCUUAUUUGUCACGUGCGCUGAAUACAACAGUGAAAUGCUUACUUACAGGCUCUAACCAAUAGUGCUAAAAAAGGUAUUGGGUGAACAAUUGGUAGGUAAAGAAAUAAAACCGUUAAAAGACAGGCUAUAAAAGUAGCGAGGGUAUAUAAAAGUAGCGAGGCUACACACAGACGCUGGGUAGUCAGGCUGAUUGAGGUAAUAGGUACAUGCAUAUAUGGUUAAAGUUACUAUGCAUAUAUGAUAAAGAGUAGCAGCAGCAAAAAGGGGGUUGGGGGGGCACACAAUGCAAAUAGUCCGGGUAACCAUUUGAUUACCUGUUCAGGAGUCUUAUGGCUUGGGGGUAAAAACUGUUGAAGCCUUUUUGUCCUAAACUUGGCACUCUGGUACCGCUUGCCAUGCGGUAGUAGAGAGAACAGUCUAUGACUGGGGUGGUUGGGGUCUUUGACCAUUUUUAGGGCCUUCCUCUGACACCGCCUGGUGUAUAGGUCCUGGAUGGCAGGCAGCUUAGCCCCAGUUAUGUACUGGGCCGUACACAUUGGGGAUGAAUCAGAAUUAGUUGGGUAACAUAAGAUGUUUUAUUUUCAUAAUAUGCUUGUGAGAUACUUGUCAUUUAGAGGUUAUCUUUUUGUACUAUAGUUUUGGCCAUUUGCAGUUAUCCUUUCUCUGUCCUGGGUUCAGUUACUGGGGCCACACAGAGGGGAGAGGUCAGGCUUGUCAUGUGUAAACGUAUCUUUUAAACCAUGUGAAGGGAUGAUUGAGGGGGAACCAAUUAUCUCUUGGCUCCACAAUGUCUGUUCCAGUCACUCCCUACUUUUCCCAUUGGGGAGAGGAGGAUGGCAGUGUCUGGAACCAUUCCAUGUUCCCUCUGAGGUUGCCCUUAUUUAUCUUGACCUAGAGGCUCACUCUCCUCUCUGUGAGAUUGUCCAGGAUGGGUUGUAUUUGGGAUGGGAGUAUCUAAAAUAACCUCAUCCAAUGGUAUAUAUCAAUUGUUAUGUCUUGGUACUAUUUUGUACCAAGAAUGAGAUAAAAGCUUUGUUUAGGAGACCAAACUGAACGACAAUUUAUAGCUAAAUACUGUCUGGCGAUGGGAUACUCCUCUCUCAAGUAAAAUAUUUCCUUGUGAAAGUUCCUAUUAUCUGUGUUUUGUCAUCAUGUCGACUAGGGGGGUGGAUCUUUGCUAUAAAAGAUCUCAGUUGCCAUUAUGUUGACCACUCAACUUUUUAUUAGCUAUACUGAAAUGUUGAAAGUCAAAAUGCUAUUGCAAAAGCUUAAUUCUUAUUAAAGGUGAAGAUUAAGCAUAACUCUGACUGGUGUGUGAUUUGCUCUCUCAUCAUUUGGUAAUUAAGGAUAUUUCCACGACAACACACUACCCUCUGUAGUGCCUUGCGGUCAGAGGCCGAGCAAUUACUGUACCAGGCAGUGAUGCAACCAGGAUGCCGUUGAUGUUGCUACUGUAGAACCUAUUGAGGAUCUCAGGACCCAUGCCAAAUCUUUUUAGUUUCCUGAGGGGGAAUAGGCUUCGUUGUGCCCUCUUUACGACUGUCUUGGUGUGUUUGGACCGUUCUAGUUUGUUGUUGAUGUGGACACCAGAGAACUUAAAGCGCUCAACCUGCUCCACUACAGCCCCGUCGAUGAGAUUGGGGACGUGCUCGGUCCUCCUUUUCCUGUAGUCCACAAUAAUCUCCUUAGUCACGUUGAGGGAUAGGUAGUUAUUCUGGCAUCACCCGGCCAGGUCUCUGACUUCCUCCACUUUCGAUGGCCACUGGCAUGCUGGAAAAGUGUGCUCUUCCUGAAUGAAUCCCAGUUUCAACUGUACUAGACAGAUGGCAGACAGCAUGAUGUCGUGUGGGAGAGCGGUUUGCUGAUGUCAACUUGUGUACAGAGUAACCCAAGGUGGCGGUGGGGUUAUGGUAUGGGCAGGCAUACGCGAGAGACAACGAACACAAUUGCAUUUUAUCUAUAGUAAUUUGAAUCCACAGAGAUACCGUGACGAUACUGUGACGAGAUCCUGAGGCCCAUUGUCGUGCCAUUCAUCCGCCUCAAUCACCUCAUGUUUCAGCAUGAUAGUGCACACUCCAUGUCGCAAGGAUCUAUACACAAUUCCUGGAAGCUGAAAAUUUCCCAGUUCUUCAAUGACCUGCAUAUCUACCAGACGUGUUACACAUUGAGCAUGUGUGGGAUGCUCUGGAAGUCAAGAUCAACGUGCACAACAGCAGGUUCCAGUUCCCGCCAAUAACCAGCAACUUUGCACAGCCAUUUAAGAGGAGUGGGACAACAUUCCACAGCCACAAUCAAUGGCCUGAUCAACUCUAUGCAAAGGAGAUGUCACGCUGCAUGAGGCAACUUGUGGUCACACCAGAUACAGACUGGUUUUCUGAACCACGCCCCUACCUAUUUUUAUUUUUUUUUAAGGUCUCUGUGACCUACAGAUGCAUAUCUGUACUCCCAGUCAUGUGAAAUCCAUAGAUAAGAGCCUAAUGAAUUUAUUUCGAUUUGAUUUCAUCAUAUGACCUGUAACUCAAGUCUUUGGAAUUGUUGCGUGUUGUGUUUUAUAUUGUUCAGUGUAAUUUGGCCCCAAAAAAUGUCUCAACAGAAAGAAACAAAAAUGGUUUAAACCUUCACAAAAGUUUUGAACAGGCUUAUAUUGCAGCAAUUACCAACAAAAGCGGUGCCUUCUGUAGGCCUACAAAAUAAAAAACAGUUCAAACUUAAUUUAGCCAACAAAAAUGUCUCAACAAAGAAACAAAACACUUUUUCCAAUAAUAAUAUACAAUACUAAAACAAAGUAUAAUCAAUAUGAAAAUAAUAUUUUCACUAUAUUAUACUUUGUCGCUAAUGGUGAUACGAAUAAAUUAAAUCAAAACCCUCUAAUUUUACGUCAAUGAAAAUCCAUCUUCACAAUCAAUAGUAGGGCGAGGGCUGUUGCGGUGACCAUAUUACCGCCACACCGGUAGUCAUGAAGGCAGUCAAAUUCCACAUGACCGUUUAGUCAAAAUAAUUAGACUUCUAUCGCUCUGAUUCUGCUGAUGGCCAUUAGUAGCCUACCAAACUUGCUAACUGCCUGGUACUCAGCGCACUAAUUGUCCCUCUAAUCACUGACAUCAAUGCAAAUGUAUUCAAAUCUAAUAAAACAGAGCUCAUGUUGUGAAACUUUUUUUUUUACCCCCUUUUUCUCCCUAAUUUCGUAGUAUCCAAUUAUUAGUAGUUACUAUCUUGUCUCAUUGCGACAAAUCGGGAGAGACGAAGGUCAUGCAUCAUCCGAAACACAACCCAACCAGGCUGCUUCUUAACACAGCGCGCAUCCAACCCGGAAGCCAGCCGCACCAAUGUGUCGGAGGAAACACCAUGUACCUGGCGACCUUGGUUAGCGCGCACUGCGCCCGGCCCGCCACAGGAGUCGCUGGUGCAUGAUGACACAAGGAUAU